UCAGAGGGCCCGGAUGUCUCGCGAGAGCCAGGUUCGGCCAACCAUAGGGGUGUGCGCUGUUUAUUGCUGGCGGUGAGAAGAGACAGGCGGGUGUUUGUGCGCGCGGUGGUUGAGCGGCGUGGGUGCGUCGCCGCGGAAAGCUGGUUUCCAGGCGCGCUUUUCCGACUGCCAAAGAAGGUACCUUCGUCAAAGAGAACGAACCGGCCUGUGGGAGUCCCUUAAGUCUCUGGAGCCGUUUUGUACGUUGGGCUGUCAGCUUGCACAGCUUCCAACAAAUCAAAGAAGCAGACAGAAGAAGCCCAACCAAUUGGAAGCGAGCAUUUAUUCUCAUCAUAAGGUUGGCUUUAGUUCCAUCUCCCAUCUGUUUCUCUCCAAACCAUGAAGCUGGAAGAAGGAUGCAGGGAGCUUUCUUCCUGGGUCUGGCAGCCGUGGGGGCAGACAGCUAAAGAGAGAAGGAGAAAUGCUUUUUGGUUUGAGAAGGGAAAAUUUUCAGUGAAAUGAACUGUCCAAGCAGACCAUAAAGAGGCCUGCUUUUUGUGAUCAAUUACAGUCGAGCCUGGCUCAGAGGGGAGCAUCUAGGGGGCUGAGAGAGCCGCAGCUGUUGAGCUCAUCAGAAAGUAGCCCAGGCAGCCCGUGAAUCUGGCAAACUGUGCGGAGGGGUGAGAUUGAUCUGCAUGGAUUUAGCCUCUGCAUAGAUGCUGAUCUUUGGCCCCAACUGAUCCUACACUAUUUGGUUGGUGUGAAAAAGACAAAGUCAUUUGAAAUAGCCUUUUAUCUAUGGCUCUCUUUUCUUAGGGUCAGAAAGAAAGCUUUGCAUAUGGUCCUGCUUAGUCCAUUGUUGCUGAGGGACACUGAAUGAGUCUGAAGUAGAUUGGCACAGGAAGAUGGAUCUUUCCUCUCCUCACUCCCGACAGUUCCCUUAAAUAUAUUGUAUUUAUUUCUGCAUUAGUCUUUCCAUAAGGAGCCAGGGUGUUGAAGAUGAACACUGUAGAAGAACUUCGAAAAACCUCUUUUGCCGGGCUUCCUUUGAAAGGCAAGCUACAGGUCAAAGAGAUGGGGCCAGAUCAGCCAUCUCUGAUGCUCCAGGAGUCUAUCAGUGAUGGAGGGGAAGUGUGCACAAGGAAGUUCUCCACUGACUGGUAUGCCAGAAAGGAAUGGCUAUGUGGAAGUGCUACCCAAAAUGCAUUGUUCUGUUUCCCCUGUUUGCUGUUUGGGGGUGACAAGGCAUGGACUGAGACAGGAAUGGGAGACUUAACAGAUCUUGCAGACAAGACCAAGAAACAUGAGGUAUCCAAGACUCACUUGGAGAAUUGUGUGAAGCUGUCAAUGUUGGAUCCAGCAACCAUGGCAGUGCAAGUGGAUGACCCCCUCAGUCUGUCUGUAAGAAAGCACAAUGGAGAAGUUGAGAACAACAGAGCCAUCCUUUCUAAAAUUAUUGACUGUAUACGGUUCUGUGGUGCUUUUGAAUUAGCACUUUGCGGUAAUUAUGAGACUGAGGAUUCAGAAAAUCUAGGAGUUCUCAAAGGCCUGGUUGAUUUUGUGGCAUCCAUUGAUUCAGUCAUGCAGUGUCACCUGCCAAGUGCCAUAAUGUUUGGCAGACCACUAAAGACAAUUCAGAAUGAACUGCUUGACUGCAUGUUGAUGGUGGCAAAGGACCAUAUUAAACAGCAGUUGAAAAUAACACCUUUUGUGGCAAUUCAAGUGGAUGAUACACGUGAUGUGUCCAGUGAUUGCCAAAAUGUACUUACUUUCCACUACAUCGAUAAAUAUGGCUCCCCAGUGGAACGAUUCUAUGGAUUCACAAAGCUGGAAGACUAUCGAACUGAGACCAUCACUGCAGUCUUACUCCAGCAAUUGAAUGAGGUGUUGCCAGAGGAGACUGACAGGCAGAAACUCAUUGCUCAGAGCUAUGAUGGGGCAAGUGUGAUGCGAGGGGAGAAUGGAGGAGUGCAGAAGAGGAUCCGUGAUGUCUUUCCUAAUGCCCACUGCAUUCACAGCUAUGCCCAUCAACUGCACUUGGUAAUGCAACAAGCAGCAUCCCAAAUCAAAGAAGUGAUGGUUUUCUUUGCAGGGCUUUCAGGGUUCCCGGAAUUCUUUAAUGGUAGUGCCAAAAGGAAUGAGAUUCUGGAGGAAGUUGUGAAGAGAAGACUCCCCGGAUCAUCUUGUACACGCUUUAACUUCAACGUUCAAACAGCAAGUGUGGUGUUCAAGAGGAGACUGGAACUUAUUGAAUGUUUGGAGGAAAUAAGAGCUUGGCCAUUUGACCGCAGUGCAGUCUUUCAGGCGCGUCUGUUGCUUCAACUGCUGGAAGAUGGUGAAUUCCUGUACUACUUGUCCCUGUUUCAUAGAAUAACGCCUCAUGUGGAUAUCCUUGGCAGUCAGCUCCAGGCAGCAGCCUUUGAUUCUGUAGCUGUGAGGAAAGCUAUCUUGGACUUUGUGAGUGCCAUCAGUUCUGUCAGAGACUCCAUUAGAGGCUUGUUUGCUGAGCUACCUCCACACUCUGAGCUGCCUAGUGGCCAAACGAAGGAGGCCCUGGAUCAAGUUGCAUCAGAAGCCUGUGACCUCAUCAUUGCACAUGCACAAGAACGUUUUGCAUUCACAGGUCAUCUAGCAAGUGCAACACUGGUGCAGGCAAGCUUGUUUCCAGCACACAACCAGACAUUUCCACAACAAGCACUUGAUGAGGCUGUGGAAACCUACACAGUGUUGGAGGAGGAGAGACUUAAGACUGAGCUUUCCAUUUUGUAUGCUAGGCGAGAUUUCUACCGUUGCAAGGAUGCUUCCACACUUCUGCGUGUGCUUUUGGGGAAUAAUCUGGAGAAAGCUCUGCAGCAAACCGUGACACUGCUGAGAAUCCUAGUCACCACUCCAAUGACAGCAAAAGCAGAGCAGACCUCCUCGGCUCUGCAGAAAAUAAAGACUUUUCUACAAAACACUGUGUCGGAGGAAAGGCUUGAUGCCUUGGCAAUGCUCUCAAUUGAGAAGGAGAUGAUUAAAGACAUUCCAGACUUCAAUCAUAGAACCAUAGAACUGUUUGCAAGACAGCCAGAGCAUCAGGCUGACUUCCUUUACAAAGAAUAAAUGCAUGCUGGCGAACAGAACGGCAGGGAAUAUUACAGAGAACGUUUCACCUACAGUCGGUGGUGCUACUGGCUAUUUAAUCCAGUGACAUAAAAGUAGCUCAAGAAAAAAUGUGAGCACAUUUUUACUCCAAUUGGGAACAUAUGUAAAAAUACUCUUUAACCAUCCAGAUUGCUAGUACUGGUCAGCAGUUGUUGAGGAUGGAUCCAUGUUAAGGGAUCUUGUAUAUGCAUUCAUUGUCAUGGCAGUUUCUACAUUCCUAAGGCAAAAUAGACAGGAUGCUGUGGUGCUAUAGCAACUAAAAUAGUGCCAUGGCAACAAAAAAGAUGCCAGUUAUUGACAAUUCUAAGAUGACUGUCAUGGCACAGUAGUAAUGCCCUUAACACUAUGGCAACCACAUUGAGGCAAAGGCUGGUAUUUUAGCAACAGUUCAUGCUCUAGGGCAGGGCUGCACAAUGUUGGCCCUCCCCUUGCUGGACUACAACUCCCAUCAUUCCUCAAUAUUCCCCACUGACAAACAGUGGGAGGGCCAAAAUUGUGCAGCCCAGCCCUAGUGAGAGAGAGCGACACCAAAGCUCUGGCAGAGGUGCUAUGGCAAUAACAGAGACUGCUUGACCUUGAGUAAAUCACCUUGUAUGUUAUAGGCACAAUCACACUGCCUGGUACCAUGGGAACACCACUAGCAACUUGUCAAGCAUUACACAGCUGCUUGUAUAUUAUAGAUUGAUGGCAUUGUUCUUUUAUUUUUAUAGCCUGCCCGUUCACAACAUUAGCACUGAACUGACACAGGUAGACCUUAAUACAAUUUGAAACAAGUAAUUUUGUUUAUUGAAUUUCAGUCUUGCUAUUUUGUGUGUAGACAUUAUUUGUUGCAGUGCUGCUGCACAUUCUGAUGGGCAGAACAGAACAUAUGCCAUGACAGAUGUUGUGUGACUCUCAGCCCCCCUAGCAUGGCCACCAUGCAGUCUUCAGUAAUAAACCUUUUAGCCUGUGUGAAGGGAA